AUGUCACCGGACAGGGCAGCUAUCCCGAUCCGAGCCAGUCCUCGGGCUCAAACCCAACCCAUGAAGCGUCACCAUUCGGCUAGCUACUACGUUCACCGAGUCAAAGAAAGUCUCUCAACACGAAUAUCUAAAUUCAUCUGCGCAAUGUUUCUCUUGGUUCUUUUCUUUGUAGGCAUCAUUGCUUUCAUACUCUGGCUCAGUUUACGCCCUCAUCGACCUCGUUUCCACAUCCAAGACUUCGUUGUCCAAGGUCUUGACCAGCCUGCCGGUUUCGAGAACGCAAGAAUUGCUUUCAACGUAACCAUACUUAACCCAAACCAACACAUGGGUGUUUACUUUGAUUCCAUGGACGGUUUCAUUUACUACAAAGAUCAACGGGUCGGGUCAAGCCCGUUGCUAAACCCGUUUUUUCAGCAGCCGACUAACACGACAAUUGUGACCGGUACGCUUACGGGAGCUUCGUUAACGGUUAAUAGUAACCGUUGGACAGAGUUUACUAAUGAUCGUGGUCGAGGCACGGUGGCUUUUAGACUCGAGAUAGUUUCGAUUAUUCGGUUUAAAUUGUCUAAGUGGAUCAGUAAGCACCACAGGAUGCAUGCUAACUGCGAUAUCGUUGUUGGUCGAGACGGUUUGAUCUUGCCCAAGCUUAACCAUAAACGGUGUCCGGUUUACUUCACUUAGAUUGAUUUGUUGGUUUUUCUGUUUUCUGUUUUGUAUUUUUUACUUUUUUCUUUUUUCUUCUUUUGAUUGAUUUUGGUUUCUUUAGGUUUUGUAAUUUGGAUUUGA